AUGGAAUGCCAGUUUGUCAAAAGUAUAGCAUGCUUAGUACCCCCCAGCGCCCCAUUAGAGGGUGACAACUACCAAUUAAUGGCUACACCUAACGAUGCAGGUGUUGAAGUAUACCUAGGAGAUGGCACUGAAGAGAGAUCAUAUCAGUAUAGCCAUUGCAUAACGCCCGAGUUGGUCGAAAACACUUACGAGAAGGAGCAAGCUAUCGUUGACCUUGUUUUGCACGGCUAUAGUUCUACUAUCUUGAUGUUAGGAAAAGGGGACACGAAUGUAUACCAACAAAGAAAGAAAGAUACCCGUUUGUUGCUUGAUAUGCUGAUGGAUAGGAUAAAUGCAAUGCAACAACAAUUGCAAGAACAGCAUCAACAAAAGAGUGAUCCCGAUCUAAAAAGUCCUUUCAGAAUCGAGUAUGCUUAUCUUGCUGUUUCAGAUAGGCAAAUCAUCGAUAUUAGAAAAGAUGAAGAAUAUACACUGGGGGAUAUACAGCAGAACAAUGGCAUUGAUUUUUUGAUGAAAGCAGUAAAAAACUUUGACGAUGUAAAGUCAAAAGCGAGACAUGAAAUAGGAAUGCCUACAUUGUUAAGCAUAAAACUGACGAAUAAUGUGGAUGGGGUUCAAGGUCGACUACAAAUCAUGGAUAUCAUCAAUCCUCCUUUUAAUACAAUCCCUGCAAAUAACCAACUGAACAGAUCGAUUUAUUACUCAUUCAAAGCCUUGUGCGAAGUCGUUGAUAGCGUAACAGAUUCAUACGAAGGACGCUUAGAUACAGACGGCAUUAUCUUGACUAAACUCUUGACACCAGCAUUGUGUGGUGAGGAACAGCUCACCAUCCUCGCGUAUUAUAAUACGCGCGUGAGUAAGGAAGCCCUAGAUGACUUGACCGCGUGCCUAGAUCUCAUAGAAAAAUUUUGUCAGAUUGCUAUUCGCACGCGUCCCACCAUCCAAACGAAAAAUACAGUAGAGUAUAAACGACUACAUAAAAAAGUCAUAGUCAUCGGAGAACGCUAUAAACAGCUUGCAGAAGAGAAGAAGAAAAUAGAAGACUAUUUAAGUUGUAAACAAAAUCAAGUGAAUUUUUUGGAAAUCAGGAAUGAAGAACUCAGAUCUACAACAGUCAAUAAGCAAGCAGCAAUUGAAUCAAAAGCAGAAUUAGCUUAUGCUGAAGCAGUCAUAAGCAUGCGAAAUUUCAAAAUUGAGAAUCUAGAAGCAGAUAUUCAAACAGAACGUAAUAGAGUAGAACACUUGACGAGCAUUAUUGUACCUCAGUUGACGGAAAAGCUAACAGAAGCUAGACAAGAAAUACAAAAGCUUCAAUCACAUUUACAACAGUACGAGACAGUGCAAGGAUCUCAACGAGCCAAAGUUUCAGAGCAGAGUCAAGAAUUAGAACGCCUUCGCACCGAAAAUAGAAGACUACAAGAAUUCAAUAAUCACUUGAAAGAAACAAAUGUACGACUUGAACGAGACAAUUCUGAGUUAGAGACAAAGUAUCAAAGCAUGCAAGAGGAGUUAAGAACAGCACAGAAUAAGCUCAUUACAGUACAGCGUGAGCACCAGCAGCAGCAAUUGGCAGGAGCGAAUACGGAUACAGAGGUUGAAGAAAAGAUUAAAGCCGCUGUUAAAAAGGUGAAGGAUAAGUAUAAGCUGAUGUUAACUGGAGUCAUCGAGAAGCUGAAUAACGAACGUGAAGAAGAAAGGGAGCAGAUCAAACAGCACUACAAAGCAAAGCAAGCAAAGUUGAUGAAGCAGUUUGAAGAAGAUUUACAGUUGGUGAGAGAGGCAGAGCAAGCCAAAUACGGUGGUGAUAUUGUAGAGAGGACGAGGAAAGAUCUUGAAAAUAUGACGGAAAGGUGCAGGACCUUCAAACUUGAAAUUGAAACCCUUCAAGGCAAACUGAAAGAAUAUGAACAACAACAGGAAGGUGGUUUAGAAAAAACGUCAUCAGCGAAAAAGCAAGGUAAAAGGGCGUCCUCUUCCACCCCAUCAUCUCCGACAUCAGAAGCCGAUACACCUACUGCUGCAGUCGACGAGCAUAUCGGCACUGGUACAAAACCUCCUGAAACAAAAAAUCAAGAACAAACAAAACCGUCUCCUACGGUUCAAACAAGGAGUAAAGUUCAAACGAAAUUGGUUCCUACAACGACUACCAGACCCAAAAGAACGAUUCGUCCUGAUAGUGAGGAAGAUGCGGAAGACGAAGAUGAUGAAGAUAUUCAAACUGUAAAACCGAUUAGAAGAACUCGAGCGAGAAAGGCAGCACAGACAACAUCGGUAACAACUGCUGCAACAUCAACUCCACCUCAAUCAAUAAACGAGCAUUCCAAUCAAGAAGAUGAUGCUAACGGUAAAGCAGGUUCUUCUACUGCUGCACCCAAUAAAGCUGAGGAAAAACAAAAGUCAGGCAAAAGCGUCAGUUCAAGCAGUACUGCCAAGAAGAGAAAAACUAAGCGAUAG